GGCGUCUCUGUCUCUUUCCUUACUUGAAACCUAUCCCUCCAAGCUCCACGAUCAGGCUGAGGUAAGGAAUGGAUUCAGAUGCAUGGGAGAUCAUACAUAUACCUGAUAAGCCUACAUUCUCACCUGAGCAUCAGCCCACUUUGAAGGUGUAUGCGAGUGUAAUUAAACCUAAUUUUGCCAAUACCAUAGUGAGGCACUUAUGUAAGAUUGCUUCUCUAGAAGAUCUUCGUCAUGUUAAAAGGGUGCGGAAAAAGAUUCUUCCAGAUCAUGGUGAACCUCAGUUAACUGUCAUCUUAUGUCUAGCACCUGAGGACAACGAUGACGAUAUGCCACCUGAUAUACAGAAACUCGUUGAUCCCUAUGAGUUGAGUCCUUUUAUUACAGAAGUUUGCAAAUAUGCUGCCGUGUCGAAAGAAGAGUGGGAAGAACAAUGUAAACUAUGGCCAACUUCGUUUCAUCCACCAACCUACAAUAUAGAUGGCAUUGGUGGAUUCAGUGAGGAGGACACACAAUCAAUCUGCAAGUUCAUGAGAGUUGCUAUUGAUCUGGCCGUAUGUGGUCAUAAAACAAUUGUAAAUGCUGCAGUGAUAGUUGAUCCUUCGGUUAAGCGGAUAAUAGCUAGUGAAACUGAUCAAGUAUAUCCAUCGUCUGCUUCUGGCGACAUGACUAGCGCAGAGACCAAGUCUUUCAAGGAAAGAGGAGAAUCUGACCACUGUCAGAGUAUUGACACAGUGACUGACGCUAGCUCAGAGAUGUGCUUAAACGGCAUACUUGAAAACCUGAAUAGUUCGUUGUCAACUGUUGCUUGUCUGAAUCCUUGGCAGUGGAGUUUGCAGUCACAUGACGAUGAAAGCAAAUGGCACCCUCUAAAGCAUGCUUCUAUGGUUGCCAUUGAAUCAUCUUCUGCAAGAGAUAGGUAUCUGUUUCCCAACUCAACAGAUAGUUUUAUUAACAAUCAUUCUCAGCCCUCAGAUGCUGAUUGUCCAGCUAAAAAGCAGAAAACAAACAGUCACUGUGCAGAUGUACACAAUGACAACAAGGAAGCUCUUAGAGAUCCUUUAAUAGAAAAGCCUUACCUCUGCACCGGUUAUGACAUUUUCUUGGUUUGGGAGCCUUGUACAAUGUGUGCUAUGGCGCUUGUGCAUCAAAGAAUAAAACGAAUCUUCUAUGCUUUUCCAAAUCCCACAGCAGGGGGUCUGGGGAGUGUUCAUAGACUGCAAGGAGAAAAGAGUUUAAAUCACCAUUAUGCAGUGUUCAGAAUUUUGCUGCCUGGGGUUGCCCAUAAUGCACUUCAUCAAGAUCUCAAAUGUGUUACAGCCGAGUCAUGAUUGUAUUACAAGUUCUGAUUUAGGAAGCUGCUUCUUUGUUCUUUACUUGUUUUACUAUAUAGUUGUCAGACACUUUGGUCUAGUGAAAGAACAUAAACGUGAAAGAACUUAAUAAGAAUUUUU